AUGCCUGAAGGAAACAUGGAAUCUUUGGCAAGAAACAUCCGUCUCGUAACAAUGAACCGCCGGUCACUGUCAAGUGAACUCCAAAAAGCCGCACUGUCCAGACUCCUGCUGUAUCUUCAUGCACCGUUUACUGCAUUGCAAGAAACACGCAUCAGAGAUCGCUCCAUCAUCAAUAUCGACAAUUAUACCAUCCACCGCGACGAUGCUGAUGAAAGGAAAGUACGAGGCUGUGAGACAUCUGUGAGGAACGACUACAAUGACUCGGUGGACGAGUUUGGAUCAGCGUCGCCAAGAUGCGCUUUUGUACGACUGCAGGAUCGCAGAGGACUUUGA